GCCAAGACAGUCCAAGGAGGCUGCGAACGAAGCUUCAGCGAUCUUAACGGCACCACCUACGCCGAUCGGAAGAGAAGAAUCACAUUUCUUCACAGCGCAAACAGCUGAGCGCUGAGCUGGAAAUCUCCAAAGCGGAUCUCGACCUUCUCAUUAACGACUUAAUUCAUUUAACAAGUGGCGGUAGAGGAUCUUCUUCGCGCCCGCGCGUUCUCUCAACGGCGGAAUGUAGAACUUUGCAGCAGUCAGUGUCGAGUUCGGGUACGGAAAGGAUGUGUGGUUGAGUUUGGUUGGAAGUUGGUAUUGAGUCCUUGAUUAAGUUUUGUUGGAAUAUCGGUUCGAAGAUGGAUUCGGGAUGCUUCGAAGAGUUAGCAGGUAUAGAUUGCGGUGGACUGACCAGUGAUCUCAACGGUGGAUACUGCCAACGUUCGCAAGCGAACGCCAGAGAGCGAUACCGAACGCACAGCGUCAACUCGGCCUUCACUAACCUCCGGCUGCUGAUUCCUACGGAACCAAAAAAUCGAAAGCUGUCUAAAAUUGAAACCCUGCGACUGGCCAAAAGUUACAUCUCCCAUUUGAUCGCAGUUUUGCUAACUGGAAACUACAAACAACCCUGCUUGCUCUCACAAUCGUACCAAUCGGCUGGCAACGGGGACGCCAUUGACUGUCUUCACGAUAAUUUAAGUUCCAGUGAAGACAGCCCUGCAAAGCUUCGAGAAGACGAACCGGAAAUAAGACGGGCCACCAUUUGCACAUUCUGUAUUUCGUCGAAAAAAUAGCUUCAGUAAAAUUUUAUGCGGUAAAAAAAGUUCGAAUACUGUCAAGUCAAACAUAAGUUCAUCUACCCUAUAAAGCUAAGCCCAGUGUUAGAUUACCCGCGCAGCUGCGAUUAUCCAAUAAAAGCCAUUACUCUGCCAUCAAGCUUCCUCCUUUCCGGCGUA